ACUAUACCAAGUGUCGCCAUCCUUUUGGGUUCUAGUGUAUUAUCAGCUGUUCUGAUUAGUAAACUCGCAGACGACGCGCACUUUUUUUUAUUGUCGCGUGUACGUGCUCCAAGAACAACCGCAAUGAUAAGAGCUCUUUCCUGCGCCGCUAGAGAACCGGCCCUGUUCGCGAGGGGAUUCUCCACCAGCGGAACUUGCAAUGAAAAUCACAAGUGCAAGUUGCUGGUGGUUGGUGGUGGUGCCGGUGGCUGUUCGGUAGCGGCCAAAGCAUCCAACAAGCUGGGCGCCGGGAAGGUCAUCAUUCUCGAACCGGCCGAUAAACAUUAUUAUCAACCGAUGUUCACACUGAUCGGCGGUGGAAUCAAAACUCUCAAGGACAGUUAUCGACCGAUGAAACAGGUGCUACCGGCGCUUGCGACAUGGAUUCAGGAUUCGGCGGCCAAAUUCGAGCCCGAAUCGAACACGGUCAUCACGGCCAACGGUGAUCGGAUCGAGUACGAGUUUCUACUGGUGGCGGUCGGUUUGCAGCUGAACUACGACAAGAUUCCUGGCUUGGUCGAAGCCCUAUCGAUCAAGGAUGGUAAAGUGUGUUCCAACUACUCGCCGAAAUACGUGGACCGAACAUUCCAGGCGCUCAAGAACUUUCGAUCCGGCAACGCACUCUUCACCUUUCCCAACAGUCCGGUCAAGUGUCCUGGGGCGCCACAGAAAAUUCUCUACAUCGCCGAGCAUUACUUGCGCAAGACGAAGAAGCGUAAGAAUGCAAAUCUCUAUUACAACACCUCCCUGCCGGUACUGUUCGGUGUGAAGCACUAUGCCGAUGCGCUCUGGGAGAUAGUGAAGCGGCGGAACAUCACCGUAAACCUGCGCACGAACCUGGUGGAGGUAAAGCCCGCGUCCGAUGAGGCAAUCUUUGAGAACCUCGACAACCCCAGCGAACGGUUUACCGUUAAUUACGAGUUCCUGCACGUCACCCCACCGAUGGGUGCCCCCGAUGUGCUGAAGGCCUGCAGUAGCCUCGUCAAUGAUAUGGGUUUUGUGGACGUCAGCAAGGAUACUCUGCAGCACCAGCGGCUCGGCAAUGUAUUUGCAAUCGGUGACUGCUCAGCCUCACCGAAUUCUAAAACGGCCGCUUCAGUUGCUGCCCAAUCGCAAGUGGUGUACAAGAACCUAAUGUCCGUGAUGGAUGGCAAAACGCCCAGCCGCGUGUUCGAUGGGUACGCAUCGUGCCCGUUGGUCACGGGCUACAACACGUGUAUGCUGGCGGAGUUCGAUUACUCGCUAACACCGUUGGAAACAUUCCCGGUGGAUCAGCGAAAGGAACGCUACUCGAUGUACUACAUGAAGAAGGACUUUAUGCCCACACUCUACUGGCACCUGCUGCUGAACGGUCUGUGGAACGGACCGCGGCUAAUGAGGAAUCUUAUGCACGGCCGCCUGUAGGGGCUACACCUGGAUCGUUAAAAACGCCUUGGCAUAUCGGAGAAGGAAAACUGUUAUUUCAUGGGCUAAUAAUCAUCACGAAAUAUUCUACAACAAAACGAUUUCAACGAUCAUUUGAUUUA